GGGCGGGCUCGGUCGCCGCCGGUGCGGGGUAAGCGGCGCGGCGGCGGCGGGCGGAGCUGGCGCUGUCCUGGAAUGACCCCCUCUGGGGGUGCCGGGGCUGCGCGGAGCCGAUAGCGGGGUUCCCCUGCGCUGGGCCCGCACCGGGGCCUGCCGGGAGACCCCCCCAUGCUGGCCCGUCAUGUGCAGAGGCUGGGCAGAGACUGCAUCGCCCACUGGAAUGGUUCUCAGACACUCACCUUGAACCACCCGGUUUACAGCUGUGUGAGAUGGGCUGGACACUAUCCCUGGGCCUCAUUCCCACUUCCCGUUCCAGCUGAUUCCUCAGCAAACUGGAGACUCCCUCCGUUUUUUGGACCUUGGAGACAGUUUCAGAACUGUAACUGGCAGCUUGAUAACUUCAUGCAAAGUUCUUGCUUUCACCUGCCCAAUCCCAGUAUGAAAUCUGAGGGAGAAGAACCAUUGACAAAGAAGAGAAGACUCAGUGGCCAGCGUGAUGCUUCAGCUCCUGAAAAAGAAACAAACUCCUCUGAUCAGAAGGAGGCGUUGUGUCUUUCUGUAGCACGGAAUGAAGAAAAACAUAGCAGCAAGAAAGGAACCAUCAAAAGACACUGGGAAUAUUUCUGCCAGCACAGCAGAACAAUGAAAAUCGUUGAAAAUAAAGAAACUGACCAAAGCAGUACAGAAAGUGAGGCAAAAUUUAAUUUUACAGUCAUGUCCUACAACAUCCUCUCACAGAAUCUGUUGGAAGAUAACUCCCACCUGUACAGACACUGCAGGCAACGACUGUUAAUCUGGACAUACAGAUUUCCCAACAUUCUGCAAGAGAUCAAACAGCUGGAUGCAGAUGUACUCUGUUUACAAGAAGUCCAAGAAGACCACUAUAGAACAGAGAUCAAGUCAAGUUUGGAAUCCCUGGGGUAUCACUGUGAGUAUAAAAUGAGGACAGGGAGGAAACCUGAUGGCUGUGCUAUUUGCUUCAAAACUUCCAAAUUUAGCCUGAUUUCAUCAAACCCCGUGGAAUUCUUUCGCCAUGAUAUUCCACUCUUGGACAGGGACAAUGUGGGAUUGGUGUUGCUUUUGCAGCCUAGAUUUCAGUGUAAAACUAAUGCUGCAAUCUGUAUAGCCAAUACCCAUCUGCUGUAUAACCCAAGGCGCGGGGACAUCAAGCUGACCCAACUUGCAAUCCUCCUGGCAGAGAUUGCCAGUGUUGCUGCUCAGCAGGACGGUACCUUCUGUCCAAUUAUCAUCUGUGGUGACUUCAAUUCUGUUCCUGGUUCUCCAUUGUACAGAUUUAUAAAGGAAGGAAAGUUAAAUUAUGAAGGACUUGCUAUAGGAAAGGUCUCUGGACAAGAACAGUUUCCAAGGGGACAAAGAAUUUUAUCUAUUCCAAUCUGGCCCAAAAAAUUGGGUAUUUCACAAAACUGUGUAUAUGAAAUAAAACGGCAACAAAAAGAAGGAAAUGCAGGAGAAAAACUGGAAGCAGGAAAACUGGACAAUGCUCAGGAGAUUGUGAUAGCAUCCGAAAAGGUGUCUUCAAAACUGCAGCACCAUUUUAAACUGUCUUCAGUCUAUUCUCAUUACUUCCCUGAAACUGGGAUACCAGAAGUAACAACUUGUCACUCCCGAAGCGCUGUCACUGUGGAUUACAUUUUCUAUUCUGCAGCAAACGAUGAUACUGCUGCCCAGCCAGGAGCAGAGGAUUCUUGUCAUGGGGGUCUGAAACUCCUUGGCAGGCUGGCGCUUCUAACAGAGAAAGAUCUUUGGACUGUUAAUGGUCUUCCCAAUGAAAAUAACUCUUCUGACCACCUGCCAUUGCUAGCAGAGUUCAGGCUUAUUGAACGGUAAUACCCAAAGGACCUUUUGUGUAGAUAAAGCUACCUUCACCUUCUCACUUCAGGUGAUGAUUAUUGUCUUUUUGAAGGUUAAUUCAAGCGCUGCUGGUCCAGUUUCAGUAAGUUUUUCUGCAUGCUGAGGUGUUCGUGUUGUGUAAAGUAGACUUUUUAAAGAGACUUUUUUUUAAAGGUUGAAAUUACUUUAUGAAGCCUUUAAGGCCAAAAGAAUUUUUACAGUUGCUUCCUCUUUGAUAAUGGAAAACAUCUGUGCCAGCCUCACAGUGGCAUUAUUUUUCACGGAGAUGCUGUAAAUGGUUUUUAUUGUAAAUCAUAGUAAAAAUGAUUAUUCUGAGAACCGUGUGCUGCUUCAUAGACUCACGGAAUGGUUUGGGUUGGAAAGGACCUUAAGAUCAUCUAGCUCCAACCCGCAAGCAAAGGGGAGUGUGUUUGUGUGCACACCCUGUUUUCUAAUGAGCAGAAAAUCAUGUUUUGCUACACCAGUGCUCUGUAGGCACUCCUAUCUAAAUACUUCUGCAAAGGAACUCACUUAGACUGUAGUCAGGCCAGAAGCUGCAAGAUUAAACCUCCAAAGGAAGAAGAUAGCUUUGCAGGAAGGCAAAGUUUUUAAAGUUUACUUCUUAAACUUCUAAACACUGAACUGUGGGUAGCAUUCACUGGCAUCUCCUUUAAAACACCUGAAAUAAACCCAAGUUUAGUGGGCAUGCAACCUAACAGUAAACUGAUCUACUGCAGGAACAAAACAAUCACUCCUCAACAUCUUGAAGCUUCAUACAUACUGAACAACUAGGGGAAGGGAGUUUGGUUUUCCAUCGAGUUAUUAAAAAGGGCAAGUUGUAUAUUAAAAUGACAGAUCCUGAGGUGUUAAAACGAUCAAGAUUUGUAUUUACUCUCACAAUGCACUGAUAAACAUAUCAUUUACAACAUUAAAAGACUGCCCAAACAGUAAACUUGAAGGAAACAAGUCCAACUACGUCGGGGUAUGUAUGUAAAACUGCCUUAAAAGUAACAUUUGGAGAAUUGUCUUUCAGUGUAGUGCUGGAAAACCUGCACCCGUGUUCCUGAGAUCACAUUCAGGUGUGUUUGGCUCCUAGAAACAUUUCUUUGUUCUUCUCCAACCUGAUUUUUGGAAUUUUCAUCUGGAACCUUUCCUUUUCCUGAGUGCAGAAUUAAACUGCAGUUACUUUGUGCUUUGAGAAUAAUGCAGAAGUACAGUGGUAGUAAUCACAAAACCAGUUGACUUGAAGAAGUACUUCAGUGUUCCAUUACAAAAUAUGGUUACUUACCAAAAUACUGUGCUUUAGCUGCUGAGAAUUUGGAUGGGGGUUAUUUUUCUCAUAAGUAAUUGGGAAUAAUUCCUCUGCUUAUUCAAUAUUGGCUGCUGCUUGAUUUAAAUAUGAGUAUUCUCAAAGCUGGAGCUGAUAAAUGCAAACAUACUUGAAUAAACACAACAGAUUUCUGGAUAUGUACAGGUUACAGCUAAAAAAGCUGUUGUAGCAACUCAGUUGUAACAACUCGUGUAGCCUACGUUAAGAGCAAGGAGCUUUGCUAGUCUGGGGGACUGUUGUGUUACCUCCACAGCAGACAAACGUGAGCUCCCAUGUGUCUGCACCCUCGCCAGCACCCAGGCAGCUGAACAGGGGAAGGUAGGUGAUAGAAAAGUGCUGCUCUUUGGAAUAAGCCUCGUCAUUCCUUCAAUCUAGAAAUAACAAACAGUUUUGCCGGAAUAGAAACAUAACGGGACAAAAAUUAACCCUAAGUCUUACAAAGAAAAAAACCCCUCAAACUACCAUGAUCCUUUUAUUGAAGUUUCAUGCUGUGCAUAAACAUACAAGUGAUGUAAAAAAAAACCCAACGCAGAAGUCAUGCAUGUUUUCUACAUUAUUUGACCACUUUGCAGUCACUAGAACCACACUUAAGACAAAUGCCAUCAUCGUGAACAGUAUUUCAGCUGAACUGCAAAACAAGAACCAAAAGCAAUUUGUCACAUGCCUCUACAGCAUUAAAGAGUUUCAGUGUUAAGUUAGAGGUUAAAAGAAAACAACUCAAGUGUGGUGGACAGUGGUAAAAACUGUACACAACCACCAUUACUUGAGCUGAAGUAAACCAUAGUUUCAUAGAAAAAGCUUGCAACAUAUCAGGUAACUUUGUGCUAUAGGCUACGGCUGAUCCAAGUAAGUUUUUCACAUCAUUUUACCCAAGGGAUACAUGAAAAAACCCUGUUCAGGUCACAAGAUACCAAACAGCACAAAGUUUAAAACUGAAACACUGCCGCUGGUGUCAAAUUGUACAAGAAUUUCUACCAAGAGAGUGUAUUUCCCUCCUUUCAACUUCGCUCCUGAACCACAAAAAUCCCUAUGGUGAACACAGGAGUGGAAAAGUUGACAGAAGGAGGAAAGGGAAAGGCCUCCCUGUAAUUGAUAUGGU